GGGGCGGUGGAGGAGGUGCGGGCGUUGCUCGCGGCUGGGGCGGACGUGGGGGCGAGGAGCGGGGACGGGGAGACCGCCCUGCACUGCGCUGCAGGGAGUGGCGACGCGGCUGUGGUGCGGCUGCUGCUCUCUGUGGCGUCCGACCCCAACGCCAGGAGUCAGGGGGGGGAGACGCCGCUGCACUUGGCGGCAUGGAAUGGCCACGCAGAAGCGGCGGCUGCUUUGCUGCAGGCCGGAGCCGACAGGGGGGUGAGGACUAAUGACGGGAACACCCCCCUGGACUACGCCGGGCUGUGCAACCAGCAAGAGAUCGUCGAGAUGCUAACACAGCAUUAA